GAGGCAAUCGCUGUUGUUGUUUGUUAUUGCUAUUAAAUAGUAUUAUUGUUUGUAUUCUUAUAUAUUUUUUUCCGGCUCUCUGGCCUGCACUGAAGUUCACGUACCCGCGUGUACGUUCCUUCGUAUCUGCACCUUGGUAUAUACACACUUAGCACCCCUUACUACUUGCGUGCACACACACACACACACACUCACAACCUCGCACCUUACGCAUAGAUACUCAUACACACAUACAUAUAUUCCUGAUAGACAAACGCACCCCCAGAACAACGGAAGGCAAUUCCCCCCUCCCCCUCCGCACAGAUCACCCUAUCCUUUCUGGUUUUCUCUCUUCUUGAAGGCCUUAUUCGUCUCGACCGCUGCCUUCUCGCUUGUCGAUUCACGCCUGUGGGAACCAAACAGGGGUUUUGACCUUUUUUCUUUCUUGACUCUCUUCCACGGCUUCGCACAGAUCCGCCUCAAAACUGCAUAGAAAUACCGGCACGCUCACCCAUAGAACUCUUACGUCUUCAAUUUUCUCUUUUCUUUUUGUUGAUCGGUGACUCUUGUUGACGUGCGUUUGAAGAACAAAACAAACGCAGCUCUUCUCCGUCUUCAGCAACAACUACGAAAGAACAAUAACAUGUCCUCUAAAGCCAACAAAGCUAACGGCGGCAGUGCAGACGGCAGCACCUAUCACACGCAGCGCUACGUCAGUGGGCGCCGCCCCUCCGCGCGACGCGGCGAGGCCGCAAAAGGCAGCAACACCGAUGGGCAGAGCUCCGCCGUUGCCGGAGCAGUCGCAGGCACCACCACCAACACCAAUGUCACCGCAGGGACGCGCCCUGUGCGCAGCACCCACGGCGCUCGCACCGCCGCCGGCCUUCAAUUGGCGGACGAGGAGAAGCUGCGUCGACACGACACCGCCGCCUCCACCUCGUCGCGCGCACUCAGCGCGUUUUCCCCCGCUUUCGUCCCCAAACAGUACCAACAAGGCGGGGAGGUGAGCAACGCGCUAUCGUUCUCAUCGGCGACGUCGCCGUUGGCGUACAUCGGCAGCACCGGCGUCGUCAGCUCCGUCUCCUCACCGUUGAUGCUCGCGGUUUCCAUGGCCAACCCGCGGCCCACCAUCACGUCCCCUCCAACGCCCCCAAUCAGCGAGCAGACGAGCUCGGUGCUCCUCCCGCACGCCUCCGGAAAUUCUGGCGUGGUCGCGUCCAGCGCGGCGAUGCAGCUGCGUGAAGCGUACGCACGUGCGGCCGCCGCCAAAGCCGCCUCCAACUGCGACUCCCAAUCCGCUUCGCUGACCUCGCAGCUGAUGCAGCCUUCGUCGGUGCCGUUGCAGAAUGCGACGGGGAUGCUCUCCUUCAGCGCCACAGAAGGCGGGGCAUCCUCCUCUGUGCUUACGCCGCAGCUUGUGCCGCAUCAGCCGGCGCCGCCGCCGCCGCAGCAGCAGCGGGCAUCACAACCACCUGCACCAUUGCAGCGUUCCUCGACACGCGAGACGGCCACCAACACGCCGGCUGCGGCGGGCAACGCCAUCUACGGCCCCUCGGUCUCCGUCUUCCACCCUCAGUUCAUCGACAUCACGACCGGCGCUACGUCCAUGACACCCUUUGCCCUGCUCGACGACUACGUCGAUGAACUGGCAGAGGAGGAGGUGGAGGAGGAGGGCGCGGAGACGGGGAUUCAGGGCGAGGUGGCGGCCAUGGCGCAGGAGAUCAUCGACGCUGUGCCGCUCCCGCCGCAGCAAUUCUCGCAUCAGCAGCAGCAGCGUCUCCAGGUUGCACCACCACCACGUCGUAUGUGUGCGACGAUGGUCGCCGUCCUCGCCAGUCACGACGCACCCACCGCGCAGCUUUCGCUGCCGGCGGCGUCGCGCUGGAGUGAGCGAACGCAGUCGUUGCAACAGGCGUCGAUGCACACCGCUGCGCCAGUCACCAUGCAAGAAGUACCCGAGAGGAGCAGGGAGGAGGAGGAAGAGCGGGGGCCGGUUGUGGCCAUCGCACGGCCGACGCCCUCGCCGCUGCACCGCACCGUAAACGUACUAGCCACCAACACCACCGCAGCCGCCACAGCCACAUCCACCGCCGUUUCGGCGGCCCCGGCGAACACAGCCGCUUACCGCAUGGUGGAGGAGAUGUACAGCCAGGAAACACCACAGCGCAGGCCCCACCGGGCAGCCCCCAUUACCACCACUACCACUACCAACCCCGCGGUGCACACCGCAGCAGUGGAUGGAAAGAUCAACGGCGGCACUGGGUUGAGGGUGCUCACCGCCGCGGCAGACAGUGCAGCGAACACGGUUGAGCGUCGCUACGCCUGUCUUGCGAACACGGACGAGCGCACGGAGGGCGGUCGCAGCACCGCGUCCAAGAUGGGACUCACAGGCUCCGUGCAUCGCGGUGCGCAUCAACGCUACGGCGACGGUGAUGACCACCGUGCAGGCGUGGGAGGCGAUGACGAAGACGAGAGGAGCGUGGAGAGCGAUGCCGUUACUCCGACAAGCACGCCGGCCAAGGUGCUCGCCGUGGAGGGCUCGCCGUUUGUAGCCGCCGCGGCUACCGAGAGCACCACGACGGCCCCUCCCCGGCCAAACCGCCGCUUGUUGACCGAGGAAGACAACGCCAUCAUCUUCUCAGAGUCAUCGCUGAGUGAGUCGACGCGCAGCAGCCGUGCCCAGCAGCAGCCGCAGCACGGCGCCACCUCGAACACAAACCUGCAGUGUGCGAUGAUGGCGUUAAUGGCGCAGAUCCAGACAAAUAACAGCAAAGCGGCCACUAGCGCUACGGCUCCUACUACAGCAGCGGCGGCGACAACCAAGAUGGUGAAGAUGACUACACCACUGAAGUCCUCCGCCAACCCCCACGCGAAGAAUGAGUCGACGCCGGCGUCCUUCAAAACGCCGGAGAUUGAGCGGGUGCCAUCGGCGCGGCCGAGCGCGUCGAAGAAGUCAAUGUGCCGCACCGUGACCACGAUCAUCCACUCCCCGAAUGCCACCACCACCACCACCGCCACCGUGGCAGCGACAGCAGCAGAUUCACGCAGCACCACCACCAACAGCCACCACCACCACAGCACCCGUGCAGUAGACGCCACCACGCACGACGAGGAAGUGCCAUCCGCGCCACAAGCCAAGAGCGCCCAGCGAUCCCUCGCUAGCUGCCUCGAGGCCAUCGCCCCCUCCAAAACGACGACGAUGACGACUCGCCAAAGCCACGACGCGGCUGCUGAAGGUGCCGCGUCGCAGCCGCCUUCGUCUGCGUCGUCUUCGUUUGCUGCUGCUGUGCACGCGAACCCGAACGCGAUGCCGGUGCCGCGCUCGCAGCGUCGUGGUGGACGUCAGACAGGCACCACGAACUCUUCCACCCCCGUGAACAACAGCAGCAUGGUGUCCAACGCGGCGGGGCCGCACGGGGCUACGCACGUGGCGACGGGCCCUUUGCUCACGAACCCCUCUGCGCCUACGCAGCCCACGCAGUACGCCGUGGUGAUCGAUGGUCACAUGGGCCGUCGCGUGACGGCCGUCUCGCCUACCCCGCUGAAGGCCGGCGUGUGCGUCCUCUUUGAGGAGGACCGCGGUAUCGAUAUGGGCCGUGUCGUGCAGUGCGACAGGUUGGAGGACAGCAAUGCGGUCGGUGCGCUGCCCGCGUUGGCUUCCGCCACCUCGCCGCUCAGCCGCAAGGACCGGCCGGCCCCGGUGCUGCGUCCUGCGACGGCCGAGGAGGAAUACCGCUGGCUCUACGCCGACGUGAAGGAAGCCGAGACGACGCUGGAGCCGUGCCGCGAUGCAGCCGCGCGUCUUGGGCUUCCCGUGAAGGUGGUUGGCGCCGUCUACCAAUUCAACAAGACGAAGCUGACGUUCUACUACGAGAGCGGCACCCGCGUCGAUUUCCGUCCGCUGCUGCCGUCGCUGUUCUCGCGUUUCCACUGCCGUAUUUGGAUGUCCCGCGUGGAGACGCCGACGGCGGAGGGGACGGCGGUGGACGGGCCGGCGUUUGCGGCCGAGGCGUCCGUAUAA